AUGCAGGGCCAUGUCGCAGGGAGCCGGGCUCCUUUGGGCCUGCUCCUGGUCUGUCUUCAUCUCCCAGGCCUCUUUGCCCGGAGCAUCGGUGUGCUGGAGAAGAAAUUUCCCCAAGACUUGGGGAUCAACCAGCCUCUGCUUGAACGACCUUCCUUGACCAGCCCCUCCAACUUGGAACAUCCUCAGCCCAAACCAGACCCUGAGUCUAAUGAUUCGGCAAGGGCUCCUCUGGAGCCCAAUGCUUCUCCAUCACCUGGCUCUCAACCUGCAGGAGGUGCUGGGGUACAGAUGUGGCCUCCAUCUGGGGAGCUGCCCUACAUGGAUUCCUGGUCCUCGGAGGACCCUUGGCCGAUGAUGCCUGCUGUGUUCGAGGACUAUGUGGGAGAAGAGCUGCCUGAAGAACCGUCCUACUUUUCUAGUGAGGCUGCCCUCCCUCCGGGCAGUGGGCCUUUUCUUGCAGAGCCCUUUGCAUACCCCGCGGACCCCUCACCCGAGGCUUCACUCCUCCCCCAGGACUCUGAGUCUAGAGGGCCACUCCACUCUACUGUGCUGGGCGCCCCGAGAAAAAUCCUUGCCCGACCCCGUCCCGGGUCUCUCCUCAAUGGGAUUCUAUGGUCACUUCUGCCUGGUUCCCCCUGGGGGGCCCUGAGUCCCAGUGUACCCUGGGGAGGUGGAGGUCCUGGCACUGGAUGGAGACCAAAGCCCUUUUACCCUGUGGGAAACUGGGGUAACAUUAAUCCAUACCCAAGUACUAGCUGGGGGUAUCCAGGUGCCAGAUGGAAGAUUAUUAAUUGGUAUCCAGGUACUAGCAGGAAGAAUAUUUAUCUACACCCAGGCAAUAAUCAAUUUCCUCCCGGAGUUCUCCGUGCUCCUGGCUCUUAUAGGAGCAUCCCAGACAGCUUUCCCAAUCCUCAAAACCCUGAGUCAUAA